GAUUUGGAGAGGCCUACAAACCCUCUGAGCAGACAGCCUGGAGAACGUCUGCUGGAAUGCCAGAUCCCGGCAAAGGCGACAAUGCACGAAGCCACUUUGAUUUAAUACUAAAAGCAGCCCCUGCAAACCUGCGGAUGAAACCACAGGUGUGGCUAGGUGAGCCCCACUCCACUCCAGCAGUGUGAAGAUCGCGCCCCAGGAGACGAGGCGGGCGCCCGUUAGCCUUUUAGAAAUGCUGUAUGCGGGGGCCCUCUGCAGAGCUUUUCGGUAAUUCCAGGUUUGAUCUGCUAUGUAAAGAAGAUUCCAUUGAGCUCAAAGACAUAUUCUCAGUGAAACUGAAACGGCUUUGUUCCUUUAAACAGCAAAGACGUGGCACUUUAUUAGGCAUCACACUUUUCAUCUGCUUGAAAAAGGAACACAAUAAGUUAAAGGAUUCUACACUUGAUCUUAUUAAUUACAGUGAAGAUCACUGUGACAUAUGGUUUAAAGAGCUGAAAAAAAUUUUGGCAGGUUUCUCAGACAGGCCAAAGUCAUUAAAAAUAUUCCUGAACCCACAAAGUCACAAGAAAGAAGCCUCCCAGGUCUAUUAUGAGAAAGUUGAGCCUCUGCUGAAGCUGGCAGGAAUCAAGACUGAUGUGACAGUAACAGAAUAUAAAGGCCACGCACUGUCCCUGCUUAAGGAAUGUGAACUCCAAGGAUUCGAUGGUAUUGUCUGUGUUGGUGGAGAUGGAUCUGCCAGUGAAGUAGCCCAUGGUUUGCUUCUCAGAGCCCAGGAGAGUGCUGGGAUGGAAACAGACCAGAUCCUUACUCCUGUCAGAGCACAGCUUCCUCUCGGCUUAAUACCCGCAGGAUCUACUAAUGUAUUGGCACAUUCUCUUCAUGGAAUCCCUCAUGUGGUCACUGCAACUUUGCACAUUAUAAUGGGGUACAAGCCUGUUGGGUGGUGCCAGCUACACCCAGGACACAUACAACCCGUUGAUGUCUGCACCUUUAGCACCACUGGCAAACUUCUUCGCUUUGGGUUCUCAGCCAUGUUUGGCUUUGGUGGAAGAACUUUGGCUUUGGCAGAAAAAUGCCGAUGGAUGUCCCCUAGCAAACGGAGAGACUUUGCUGUGAUUAAGACCCUGGCAAGGCUUAAGCCAGAGGAUUGUGAGAUAUCAUUUUUACCAUUUAAUGGCUCUCAGGAUGAAGGAGAAAGGAUGGCACGGGAAUCUGUGAAAUCUGACUGUGGUGAGCAAUGGCGGAUGACCCAAGGUCAGUUCCUGAACGUCAGCAUCAUGGCCAUUCCUUGCCUGUGUUCAGUGGCACCCAGAGGCUUGGCACCUAAUACCAGAUUAAAUAAUGGAAGUAUGGCUCUCAUAAUUGUACGGAACACUUCUCGGUCAGAAUUUAUAAAACACCUGAAAAGAUAUGCCGGUGUAAAGAAUCAGUUUAAUUUUCCAUUCAUUGAGACUUACACUGUUGAAGAAGUAAAAGUUCUUCCAAGAAGUACAGCUGGGUACAAUGCAGAGGAGCAGGAGGAUGGACCGCAGGGAACUGCUUCAGAAAAGACUACUUUCCCUUGGAAUGUGGAUGGUGACUUAAUGGAAGUUGCCUCAGAAGUCCAUGUUAGAUUACACCCAGGACUUAUCAGUUUCUUUGGAGGAAGCAUAGAAGAAAUGCAUGAUUCCAAAGAUUUAAACCCAUCAAGUCUGAUGUCAAAUUUCCUAUAGCCUGGUACAACAGAACACAGAUAUUUCUUAGGACCAUACUAAUGAGGUAACUAAUCCCCAGGAAUAAAAUUUCAAAAUCGCCCAGCUAAUCUUUUACAAAAAUCUUUGCAAUACAUAGGGUUUAAAACUCAUCACAGAGGUGAAGUUUAUAUAUAUGUAAGAUAUCUAACUGGAUAAAACUUACUAGCUCACCAGGUAACUGUCCUUCCUGUACUAGAAAGGCAAUGAGAGCACUUGGCUUUCAGUGUGAACAACCAAAUUUUAGUUUCCUCAGAAACCAGAGUUCUCUCAAUCUGUGCUUGAUUUUUGACAAAUGAGCCUAGACAUUCUUAAAGAACUAAAAUUUUUUAAUAGCAUAAAAAUAUAUCUGCACAAAUAUGAGUUAUUUAAAAUAUGUACAAGCAAAACUAAGUUAAAGAGGCUUUGUGCUCAAGUGUCUUCAGAAAUUCUGUACAUUCCUCCUCUUGGCCCUGGUGACAGCAGAGGUUUAGGGAUGUAUGACUGAUGCGUCAGAAAAUCUGAAGUAGACAGCUGACAGCAGCGACUAAGUAAAGCAAUAUUUUCUCUCAUAGUAGAGGCUGCUCUUAUGUAUCUGAUCACUUCCUUGAACAAAAAUUUGGACAGUUUUCUUACACAUAUAAAGAGAUCUACAUGAAAUAAAUAUUACAAAAUGAUUACAUUUGAAAAUGCAUUUAAAGUUAUUUAA